GAGGUGGUAAUUGAGACGCAUUCAAUGCAAAACACAAACUGACGAAUUUUGAUGGGAAUUUUUGUUAUUUAAUUUAGAUUUGAUGCACCAGUGUAUCAAUCGACUCUAGGGGAUUCUUACAUGCGCGACUUUUAAUUUGAACAUUUCCGACAUUCCCCUGACACGGAAGUACUUUUUUUAGUGUUGCUGACGAGACGCUGAUAUAGUAUAGUAUUUCUGAACUGGAGCUAGUGUGCAUAGCCAGCAAAGAAGUUUUGAAAGUGAUAACAGUAGCUACUGUUUUUGAAACCAUCUAAAUAUAUGUGCCACGGAAGUAGGUAUUGUAAAUCCACAACUACAGCGCAUUUCUUGAUAAUUUCAUACUUUCAGCUAGCUAACGUAGCUAUGCGUCAUAGUACAGGUAAACUGGCUAGCUAACUAAUCUGUCUAGCUUGGUAAAGUUAGUCCAGAUAACGUUAGCUAUCUAAAUUAGUAUGCCAGCUGUACCGUUAAUUAGACAAGCACAUAUGUAGCCAACCAUAUUUGAUGUUAACUGGCUACUUCGUAAAGGUUAGUAGCUAGUUAUGUAACGUUAUUUAGCUAGCAAUAUGUUCGGUCAUCAACAACGCCUCCAACAGCAGCAACGUAUUUUGCAGCUUCCACAACAUCUCCAACAACGCCAGCAGCUACAAACAACCCAACUCAUGCCAUCCCAACUUCCACACCAGCACCAAAUGAACCGACCACCUCCACCUAGCAUGAUCUACCUCUGCCCAGUUCCCCGGGCCUCUCUCCUUGCCACCAACCCCAUGCUGCAAGGGGCACUGCUCAUGCAACAACCGAUGCGAGGUAACAUGCGAGGCUUGGCCAUGGGUAGUGGGCUACCCUUUACUUCAUUUUUGUCUGAGGGGACAAGGCAAUCUCUCCUUGGACCGGCUCCUAUUCCCCAAGUGGGAUUGUUCGCAUCAGGACCCAAUCAUUCCCUUACACACUUUUUAAACAAGGACAUUCGUGUUAGGAAGAGGAAGAAGGAACAGACAGGAAGUGCUGGGGACCAGCUGAGCUCCAGCAGUGCAGAGGGGCUAGGGGAGAGGGAUGAUAGGACUCCUAAUACAGAGAUGCAGGAAGCGGAAUCAGCUGGACAAUUCUUUGCAAAGCAACAGGAGCCUGAGAUGAAGAAGCAGAAGAUGAAUUUGUCAGAAGAGCCUGUGAAUAUAAAAAUUGGACAAGAGGCAGUCCAGAAGUCUGAUAAUGAAAUGUCAACAGAUGUACCUCAGCCUGUAGAUAUCUCUGCUCUCGAGUACAGAGGAGGAAGCACUUCCAUUCAAGUGGCGGAGGAAUGUUGCAAAGAAAGUAUAACAGCUGAACAUGUUCUGGGGGUAGGCACAUCCCUGAAAGUCACCAUCCAGCAGAGCAGCGAGAGCCGGGCGUUCAGCACAGGCCUAGAGGAGUUGGCUGCAGCAACAGCCACGGGGACCCCCUGUGGUGUAGGGGGACAAGGUGAGGACAGUGACAGAGGAGCUGCGACUGACAGCCACUACUGCUACAUCUGCAGCAACCCCUACCACAACCAGCAGAAUUUCCAGAACCAUAUGAACGGAUUGGAACAUCAACAGCGUAUGAUGGAGAUUCAGCAAGUGAGCAAUGCCUGUCUGGUCAAUCUAUUACCACGGGUCGGCGACUCUCUACAGGGUACACACAAAGCCGGGGGCAAAAAGCCAGCAAGGGUGCAGCGCUGGUGUGCAACCUGCCAAACACACUUUACCGGCGACCUCCUCGAGCACCGGAGGACCAAGGAGCACAAGCUAUCAAAGCAGUCCUCACGUCCCUUCUGCACCGUCUGCAAUCGCCAGUUCAGGACGCCACGGAAGUUUGUGGAGCACAUGAAGUCCCGAGAACACAAGCGGAAGGUGGAGCUCCAGGAGGAAGGAGAGCCAGAGGUCAUUGAAGAACUCAUCACUGUGGAUGCAGUGGGAUGUUUCGAGGAAGAAGAUGACUUUGAGGAGGAGACCCACGAGGAUGAGGAUAGCAGGGGAUCGCAGCCCGGUCAAAGAGCAGUCCCGCAAGAGCAUGUGGGGGACUAUGAAGCGUUUGAUUCUGAAACACAAUACGGUUCAAGCUUUGUUGUCCCGGUGGCUGGUUUUCUCUGCAGACUGUGCCAUAAGUUCUUCUAUUUCAAGUCCACGGCCAGGCACUUUCACUGCAAGUCCCUCAUACACUUCCAGAACUUACAGAAGUACAAAGCCUUGAAGAAUCAAGAGCUCCGCUGCGGAGGACACCGAGAAGACGAGGACAUGCAGCCGAACAGUGGGGGACUCCCCUGACUUGAGAGAAUACAAAGUGGUUAUCCAAGUGAAAAAUGACUGUACAAAUGACUGCAACAUGGCUAGGGACAACACACAUCCCUGUAGUACCUCCUUUACCACAAUCAAGAUGCAUCCUGUUGUCUCUACUCAGGACAAGGCAGAGCAGGACAAUAUCUCCACUGCCACUCAGACUCAGUCGCUGUCCAUAGGCCGUGCUGCUGUGCCACCCAGCCUCCUUCUGGCUCAAGCUGUGGAUUGAAGAACAUGGUGAAGCCGUCUCCAUGCCAAAGCUGCCAAAGGUCCCAACCGAGCCUCCAGAAGUAUGGGCAUGAUGUGACUGGAGAAAAAUGCUCCUGCAGAGGUGGAUGUGCUCUUGCUUUGCAUGCAGUGCAACAGGAAACAAACAUGAGCAUACCUCAAACUGCAAGCAAGCCACUACAAGGCAGCCUCUUGGAAAGAGAGCAUUUGGAGUAGGGGAGUUCCACGCUGUUGAUGCCACAUAUACUCGAACUGGACGAGGACAGAGAACUAGUCAACAGAGAGAAAGUGGAACGAAAGGAGUCAGCUGGGAUGAAGCCAGGAAAGUCAAGGACCACAUUGAAAAGAAUGGCCUCCAAAAUUAAAUCCACAAGGACAACCCACACAACCUGAGAGCAGGGUCGUGUUCUACUGAACACGACCCAACAGAACACAGGAAAUUAACACAAACUAAGCCUGACAAGUCAUUAAUGGUGAUUGAUGGGAUAUCUACACAUUUGGUGUGUGUGCGAGUUUGAAGUCGCCCAAGAUAAGAUUUCACAGACAAAUCCUGUUUGGUUACAGUAAAGUAGGCCUAGUUUAAAUGGAAUUAACAGUUUGGGUUACUAAGUGAUAGGAGAUCCCUUGCAAUACUGUGAAUGCUAUCACAGUGAGUGAGGCCAUAUUAUGUUAUUUUCUUUAAAGAAAGUGCCCUUGGAUCAAUGAGCUCAAUCAAGUCUAUGUAUAUAUCAUUGUCUAUUGCCUCCUUUUCUGCUCUGAACUAAUCAGUCACACCAUGCAAUCUCAUUCAGGUCAAAACUAUUUGGCACUCUGGUACCACUUGCCAUGCGGUAGUAGAGAGAACAGUCUAUGACUGGGGUGGCUGGGGUCUUAGACAAUUUGUAGGGCCUUCCUCUGACACCGCCUGGUGUAAAGGUCCUGGAUGGCAGGCAGCUUAGCCCCAGUGAUGUACUGGUCCGUACGCACUACCCUCUGUAGUAUUCACCCCCCAUGGCAUAUUUCCUAUUUUGUUGCUUUUCAACCUGGAAUUAAAAUAGAUUUUUUUGGGGGGGUGUAUAUCAUUUGAUUUUACAACAUGCCUACCACUUUGCAGAUGCAAAAUAUUUUUUAUUGUGAAACAAACAAGAAAUAAGAAAAAAAAACAGAAUUUGAGCGUGCACAACUAUUCACCCCCCAAAGUCAAUACUUUGUAGAGCCACGUUUUGCUGCAAGUCUCUAUAAGCGUGGCACAUCUAGCCACUGGGAUUUUUUCCCAUUCUUCAAGGCAAAACUGCUCCAGCUUCUUCAAGUUGGAUGGGUUCCGCUGGUGUACAGCAAUCUUUAAAUCAUACCACAGAUUCUCAGUUGGAUUGAGGUCUGGGCUUUGACUAGGCCAUCCCAAGACAUUUAAAUGUUUCCCCUUUAAACCACUGGAGUGUUGCUUUAGCAGUAUGCUUCGGGUCAUUGUCCUGCUGUAAGGUGAACCUCCAUUCCAGUCUCAAAUCUCUGGAAGACAAACAGGUUUCCCUCAAUAAUUUCCCUGUAUUUAGCCCCAUCCAUCAUUCAUUCAAUUCUGACCAGUUUCUCAGUCCCUGCCGUUGAAAAGCAUGGAUGAUUUUCUCGGGGUGAUGAGAGGUGUUGGGUUUGCGCCAGACAUAGUUUGCGCCAGACAUUUUCCUUGAUGGCCAAAAAGCUACAUUUUAGUCUCAUCUGAGGACUCAAAUAAAAGUGUGUUUUAAAAAGUUGAAUUAAUGAUUGUGGGCCCAAUUUGGACAUUUUCACUUCGGGGUGUACUCACUUUUGUUGCCAGCGGUUUAGACAUUAAUGGCUGUGUGUUGAGUUAUUUUGAGGGGACAGCAAAUUUACACUGUUAUACAAGCUGUACACUCACUACUUUACAUUGUAGCACAGUAUCAUUUCUUCAGUGUUGUCACAUAAAUAUAUACUCAAAUAUUUACAAAAAUGUGAGGGGUGUACUCACUUUUGUGAUAUACUGUAUGUGUGAACUAUUUCUAAGAUGCAAAGUGUCAGUUUUUCCCCAACUCAUUUCACGCAUAAGAGGAAGGCUUGCAGUACCGGUGCUGGCAUAUGCACAGAUACAAAAGUAUGUGGACAUCUGCUCUUAACUUCCCAAAAUCAUGGGCAUUAAUACAGAGUUGGUCGCCCCUUUGCUGUUGUAACAGCCUCCACUCUUCUGGGAAGGCGUUCCACUAGAUUUUGGAACAUUGCUGCAGGGACUUACUUUCUUUCAGCCACAAGCAUUAGUGAGGUCUGGCACUGAUGUUGAGAGUUUAGGCCUGGCUCACAGUCAGCAUUCCAAUUCAUCAGGGCUCUGUGCAGGCCAGGAAAAGGGCCUUUCCCAAACUGCCAGAAAGUUGGAAGCAGAAUUGUCUGGUAAAGUUAAGAUUUCCCUUCACUGGAACUAAGUAACCCAAACCAUGAAAAACAGCACCAAACCAUUAUUCCUCCUCCACCAAACUGGGAGGAGGAAUAAUAAUACAUUGGGGCAGGUAGCGUUCUCCUGGCAUCCGCCAAACCCAGAUUCGUACGUCGGGCUGCCAGAUGGUAAAGCGUCAUUCAUCAUUCCCGAGGACGGACUUUCACUGCUUCAGAGUUCAAUGGCUACGAGAUUUGCACCUCUUCAACCGAUGCUUGGCAUUGCGCACUGUGAUCUUAGGCUUGUGUGUGGCUGCUCGGCCAUGGAAACCAAUUUCAUGAAGCUCCCGACGAAAUGUUCUUGUGCUUCCAGGCAGUUUAGAAGUGUUGCAACCGAGGACAGAUUUGUGACUGACGGGCUCAAAUCGGUCUCAUGAAGCAACAUUUUAAAUUGUGCUUUCUACAUUGGAUAAAAGUAGAAACUCAGAGCUGCAAAAUGGUAUAUCAUACACUACAGUUGGGGAACAAUGGGAAAGUAAUUUUGCUUUGAAAGUUGAUAAACUUGUAAAUUCA